UGAUUCCAACUUAAGCCCUCCUUGAUCGAUCCGACCAUGGCUUUCGUCGCACAGCCUCGGCCUAUGAUGGUGGGUGGCUACCAGCCUGCGAUGAUGCAAGGACAGUCGCAAUUCCCACAGAUGGCCUAUGCGGCCCCUCCGCCGCGCCUGGCGAGCGCCUGUCCGCCGGCGCCGGUGCUGAUCAAUCCCCGGCCCCUGGCAGCCCAGCCGGCGCCCAUGAGGCCGCCGCAAGGAAACUUCGGAGUGGCUCGACCUCUUCAGGUCAGCCCAUGCCAGUGUCAAAUCAAUCCAGCAGCGAUUCCUCGCAGCCCCUCGGGGCCGCAAGUGCAGCCUGCCCGAGGCAACACUGUCACGGCGCCGGUGGGCAAAAGUGCCAAGGACCAAAAGGCCAUCAACACCAUUACCGACCUGCUGAAAAACGAUCGCACUGCGCUGAAGCGCAAUGUGGUGCAGUGCUUCAAGCGGGUUGAGGAGGAUGACGACUGCGUAGAUUGCGAUGGCCUCACGCAGAUCUGCGAGGCGCUGGCAAACGAUUUGGAUCUGCCCUUGAAGGCCUUUGGGGACCUCAAAAACAACUUCCUGUGCUUCGACUUCGACGGCAGCGGUAUGUUGGAGGUGAACGAAGUCUACAAAGUGGUGAAGCACCAACUCCGGCAGUACCGCAAGCUGUUGGGCGGUGAGACCCUGGUGGUUAACAUGCCCUUCCGCACGCUGCAGCAAGCUGGGUACACUGUCUACAAGGAGCUGGGCCGUGGCAGCCAGGGCGUGGCCAAGUUGGCCAAAGACCCCGCGGGCCGGGAGUUUUGCGUCAAGUGCCUCAAGAAAGACACGAUGUGCGCCUCCGGAAUUGAAGAGCUGCAGGAGGAGUUUCAAACGCUACAGCUCCUGGCACACGACAACAUCGCCCAGGUGUUCGAGAUCUUUCAAGAUGGGCAGUUUUACUACAUGGUGGGAGAGCCCUACCACGGCGGGGACUUCAUGACGCUCACCCCUCGCGCAAAAGAGCAGGGAGUGUCAAUGACGGAGGACUGGUGGCGCGGCAUCUUCAGGCAGUGUGCCGAGGCUGUGGAGUUCAUGCACGAGCAGUCCAUGAUGCACUGCGACCUCAAGGAGCCCAACAUCAUGAUCAAAACCAGGGACUUCCGCAACCCGGAGGUGGUCAUCAUCGAUUUCGGCAUUUGCCGGGCCAUGGUUACGGCUUCCAAUGGCAUGCCGGGUGGAACGCCCGGCUACAUGCCGCCCGAGACCAUUCAGCAGCGAAAGUGGUUCCCCAGAGGAGAUGUCUUUUGUCUUGGCGUGACCUUCAUUCAGGUGCUGCUGGACAAGAGCCCUCCCACGGGGCCAAGGACCACUGCCACUCCAGGCGGUAUCUUCGUCGAAGGCUGCCAGACCAUCCAGGACAUCUUCAACGCCACGCUGACUCGCAAGCCUCCUUUGGAGAUGAUGCCCCCACCGUUGGCUGAUCUCACUGAUCUUCUUGCCGCGAUGCUGGAUAAGGAUGUGAGGAAGCGGCCCACCGCCUCGCAAGUCCUGGGCUUGCAGUGGUUUGAAGGAGCUUUGAGCCCGAACUCUCGGAAGAUGAGGUCCAGGAACGACUGGGCCACGGUGGGCAUCACCAAGUCCUUCCUUGCUCGACCCUCCGUGGCGGACGAGGGGGCCAACCCUGCCAUGAAGGCGCUGCGGGAGCUGCAGAGGAGCCUCGGCGGCACCAAUGAAGGUGCAAAGACCUACGGAAGAAGCUCCUAGAGGGCUCUGUCAAACGCGGCGCGCGAUUUUGGCGUUGAACCGCCUUCCUUCCGACUUCCAGCCGGG